AUGAAUAGUAAUGAUCGAUUCAACUGUUACUGUUAUCUAUUUUGGCUACUUUUUGUCGUAGUGAAUGCCACCACCAUUAAUGACUUUGUGAGCAAUGAAAGUACAAAGUCAACACUAGUGUUCUUUCGAUGGUCUGGAGGAUUUGGUCGAAAUUUUCAAGAAAUUCGUUGUGCUACCGAUCAAUCAUCAGAAGAUCCUUCUAAUAGUCUCUCUGAUGUCUAUCCUGAAAUGCGAGAUGCUGUGUAUUUUCCUCCUGCUAAUAAUGACAGUCGACGAAACCGUUGUGAAAGCAAUUCUUCUAUUUUCGUCUACAAUCCGCAAACUCGUCGUGUUCAUCUCACGAACAAUCGGCAUUGCAUUAUUGUCAACGAAAAAUCAUAUCAUUAUCUUGCAACUGAAGAUUAUCCCACCGUCAAUCGCUUAAAAUCAAUUGCUUGCGAUCGUGCCGCAACAGCUGCACCGAUGAAUUAUCUUAUUUGGGGCAGUGAAUUUCGUUUGACUCGUAACGAAAGCAAUAAGCAAAAGAUUAUCCUCCAAUUUAUUGCACCGAUAGAUGGACAUGAAUACACAAUAUAUAUCCGUGGUGAUAUACUCAUUGUAGUUGACAGCAAUGACGAAGCUCGAAAAGUCUUAGAUCAAUUACGAGAACCAACUCUGGAGAUUAUUGAAAAUACUACAGAUCAAUGGUAG